UGUUCCUGUAACGAAUGAGGCACACUCGGUCGCUUCUCAAUUCCACUGCUGAAUCGGAUCGAGCUAGCUAGGUCACUCGAUCUUUUUUCAGAGAGGGUAAGCUAAGGAUCGAUGGCGGCCUCCUUGAAGUUCAAUGGUGCUGUAUUGGCAACGGUAGCGGUGGUCGUAUGCUUCCUCGCCGCCGUGCUCCCUUCUUCCCAUGCGUCGACGGCGGUCGUCGACAAGCCAGCGGCUAACUAUAAGCCCGCGGCACCAGCGCCCGCGCCGCCUGCGUCGUCGUACACCCCGCCGCUGCCGCCGGUCCAGCCGGUGGUCGUCGUCCACGGCGUCAUCUACUGCAAGUCGUGCAAGCUCAGGGGCUACAACAGUGGCAUGGACGCGUCCCCUCUCCCCAACGCGACGGUGAGCCUGGUGUGCUACGGCGACGAGGACAGCGGGUACCGGGUGCUGAACCAGACGAGCACGGCGGCGGACAGGAACGGCUACUUCAUCGUGAUGGUGUACGACGUGGACAUGUUCGACCGGCACACCUGCCGGCUGUACCUCCGGUCGUCGCCGACGCCGCUCUGCGCCAGGCCCUCCGUCCCGUCCAACCCCAAGCUCGGGCUCACCCUGGUGCGGGACCGCGCGGCCACGGCGCCCAGGGGCGCCCGCGGCGUCUACCACGCCAGGACCGCGCUCAUGUACGCGCCGGGCGCCGGCGGCAGUUGCCCGCCCUACUGACUCGUCGGUGAGGACGGACGCGUUGACGAGCUCAAGAUCGACGUCGUCGUCGGAGGCAAGAAUAUAAGAUGAAGCGCAUGGUCGUCGUUGUCACGGACUAAGUGUGUCGUCCGUUUGGUUGGUGGUGCUGGUGCAUGGCUCGAUCGACGGAGUGUUUGUUGACUGUACUACGUUGUGUGUUCGUUGAGUCUCAAGUGGUUUGGUCGUCGUCUGCGUAACCUAUUUCUGAAUUCUGAAUCGGUCCCCUGUCCUCGAAUGAAGGAAUCCGGGCAGCCUUUUAAGUA